CUACUCACAGCCACUCCGUCUGCUUCAACACACCUGUUCUUCUCGCUAGCACACGUAUCUCGCUCCAGAGACACAGUAUUCUUUCCGCCGCCCAGUAGUCCAAGACUUUACACAGUCCCCUCGCUACCCACGCUCGUGCGAAACAAAUAGCUACCAUGGCUGACGACGCCGCCACGUCCGCCGAGGAAACGCAGAUAACCUUCAAUGUCAAGGCCGCAAACGACCAGAAGCAUGUCCUCACACUACCCAGCACCACCACCGUCGCCGACCUCAAGGCCAAACUUUCGACGUCGGAAUACGCAGAUGUUCCCGCUGACCGGCAACGCCUGAUAUAUUCGGGCCGCGUGCUCAAGGACCCUGACACACUGGCAAGCGUCAAGAUCAAGGAUGGGCACACAGUACAUCUCGUCAAGGGCGCUGCCAGCAAUGCGAGACAGAACCCCGCAAGUCAGGGCACUGCAAGCACUGCUGGCACGAGCACCACACCUACUCCUCAGGUACCCACCAACAUCGCCGCCGGAACAGGCAACAAUCCUCUUGCGGGGCUCACUGGUGCGCGCUAUGCCGGCUUUCACGGCUUACCUGGCAUGGACAUGUUUGGUCCAGACGGAGGCAUGGGGCCACCGCCGACCACCGAGUCCAUGCUCGAACAGAUGGAAAACCCCAUGUUUCUGUCCCAGCUAAACGAGGCUAUGAACAACCCAGCGGUAGUCGAUAUGAUGUUGCAAAGUCCCAUGAUCCGUGACAACCCGAUGCUUCAGCAAGUGCUGCGAGACCCCGAAAUGCGCCGUAUGAUGUUCAGCCCGGAGAUGAUGCGCAUGCAGCUGCAAAUGCAACGGAACAUGGGCGGACGUGCGCCUGGUGCUCCACCUAGCUUCCCAGCGCCCGGUGCUACAGACAACACACCGCAAUCAGGUUCUACGGCAACAGGCGAGGGCGCCACCGCGACACCCAACCAGACUAAUACAACCACACCACCAAACCCAUUUGCCGCCUUUGGUGGAGGUGCUGGAGCCGGAGCCGGAGCUGGAGCCGGAGCUGGAGCUGGAGCCAACCCAUUCGCUAGCCUGUUCGCGGGAGGUCAGAACCCAUUCGCCCCUCAGCAACAGCAGGGCGCAAAUACUGGUGCACCACAAAAUACACAAGAUGCCUCAAGCACCUUUCCAAACCUGUUCGGUGGCGCUGGCGCGCAAGGCGGUCAGACCAACCCCAUCGCAGAGGCCGCGCAACGAAUGAUGCAGAACCCAGAAGCCAUGCGCAACAUGAUGCAGAUGAUGGGUGGAGGCGCUGGAGCAGAUCCAUUCGCUGCUGCAGGUGGUGCUGGCCAACCACCAGCUGGCAACCCUUUUGCCGCUCUCUUUGGUCCUGGUGGAUUUGGUUCACCCCCACCACCGGCUGACAACCGACCACCGGAAGAGGUUUACGAGACACAACUGAGACAGCUCAAUGAAAUGGGCUUCUACGAAUUUGACCGUAAUGUCUCUGCCUUACGGAGAAGUGGUGGCAAUGUACAGGGUGCUAUCGAGUAUCUACUCAACGGCGCAGUGUAGCAUGCUUAUCCGAGUAUUAUCUUAAUAUCUGAGCCAGUGUCGCAACAAUUCCUACUACCAAGCGAGUUUGUGACGAUUGAGCGAUACGAGGAGAUAGAAAGAAUGGCUGAGGAGGAUUUCGGAAGUGACAUUGACGGCACAUUGGACGCUUACGACAGCGAAGAAGACUGGUCCUUCGAGUACGAGGCUAACAAGAUGGGUUCCUUGGACCUUUGACGUCUUUUUUUUGUGAAAUGGAUCGAGUAGGUGUAGUAAUAUUCGCUAGGAAGCUAGA